AUGGAGCAAGCGGCCACUAAGUCCGUCACCAUCAACGGUGCACAACUAGCCUACAGGUUGGUCGGGCCUGCCAAUGCGCCCUUAAUAGUGACACUUCAUGGCGGUCGGGGCUUUGGCGAUCACAAGUCGGACUUUCAAGCAUUCUUGCCACUAUCUUCAGACUAUCGACUACUAUCAUUCGAUUUGCGCGGCCAUGGGAGGAGCUCUCGGACUGAGCCUUACAGCUUCCGUCAAUUAGUAGAGGACAUCGAAGGGUUGCGACGGUACUUCGUUGGUGGCGAGAAGCCUUGCAUCAUAUGUGGGGGAAGCUUUGGAGGAUUUUUUGCACAACAAUACGCCAUUACUUAUCCUUCGCAUGUUUCACACCUCAUACUGCGAGGCACAGCGCCAUCGCAUCAUCACGAAGCAGAAGCGAUUCAAGUAUUGGAAGCUCGCAUUCAUCGCGCACCUGGUCUCUCCACGGGGAUGUUGCGAGACAAGAUCUUUGGCCAGUUCGACAGUGAUCUUGAGUUUCAACUCAUCAUGUAUGCAGCGGCUCCACUUUAUAGCGAGUCUUUCGAUGCGGAUAUUGCCUUGCGUCGCAAUAUAGACACUGUGUUCUACGCCAAGUCACAUAAUGACCUAUACGCAGAGCCGGAGAAGCUUUUUGACUAUAGAGAUAGCCUCUCAACUGUGACGGCGAAAACUCUCAUCAUUGUCGGCGAGCGGGAUUGGAUCUGCCCACCUGCACAGUCGCGGGUGAUUGCGUCCCUCAUACCAGAUUCUCGCUUGGAGAUUAUUCAGAAUGCAAAUCAUUCAGUUCAUAUUGAGAAAAAUGCCGAGGUCAUUGGGCACAUUAGAAAGCAUUUGAUACAGCCAGCAGAGCUUUCGUGA